UCGAGAAGGGAGUGGGCAUCCGGAGCACCGCGCGAUUCGGAACACUCUAUGCCAUCCCCAAAGGAAACAUGGAUGAACGGCUACUUAAAGAAAUUAUGUGAUAUUGCCGUAAGAAUGUCACCACUGCAUACUUCCCGUUUCUUUGUGUUAUUUAUGUUUUUCUGCAAUGUUUGUAGGACACUAGCGAAAUCCCUACCGGAGCAAGGAACAGUUGAAGUGCUGAUUAAAGUCCAGGUCUUUGACAACAGUGACCUUUCACCUCUAAAAGAAGCUGCAGUUCAGGUGUAUGGAAACCAGUCUACCUUGGCAUCUGGCCUGGCCGGAGAGGAUGGCAUCAUCAGGGUUACCUUUUUGUACCGCCCAGGGUCCUGGGUCAUUGUUGCAGCAUCCAAAUAUGGAUUUGUUACUAACUCUGCCCCCUGGCACGCCGGUCGCAUCCCUUUGUAUGCGUCGGUAAGUCUGUAUCUGCUCCCACAGAGACCAGCCACUCUGCUACUGUAUGACGAUGUUGUGCAGCUCCUGCUGGGCUCUCCGGGAUCCAAGAAUCAGCCAUGGGUGCAGAUUCAGAGGAGGGCCCUCCGGCCGGUACUCAACACCUCUCACAUCUCUCUCUCCGCCAUGCUCACAUCCACUAGGAGCCAGUACGAGCUCGGGGGCUUUCCUUAUCCUCUGGGCCUGGAGCACAACUCCACAGGCUCGAACAGCAGCUGGGUGGAGCUAACUGCCGUGACUGCACUGUGCGCCACCCUCACCGGUCCGAAUGGCACUCAGGUCCAGGUCACAGAUCCCAUCCACGUAUCUGUGCCCCUUCCCUCAGACUCACCCCUCCAAGAUGCCACAAGCGUGCCCAUCUGGAAGUUUGAAGAGAGAUCAGGACUGUGGCUCAGAAGUGGUGCAGGCUACAUUAGCAGAGAUGGAACACACAUGACCUGCAGUUUUGUGGCUCCACAUUUAGGAUACUGGCUGGCAGCUUUUCCUCUGGCUACAGGCACGGUCCUGAACCCCUCUGGUCUGAGAGACAUCACCACAUAUCACACCAUCUUUCUCCUGACCAUUCUGGGCUCCAUGGCCCUUCUGGUUCUAAUCCUGCUCUGCCUGCUGCUGUACUACUGCAGGAGACGAUGUUUAAAGCCCCGGCAGCAUCGGCGUAAAUUGCACCUCUCCUCCCUGGACAGCUGCACAAGAGACCAAGGCACAUCCACUUCACAGCUCAACCUCAUCAGCGGUGGGCAUAUAGAGACAGCCGCCUCUAUCAGAGAUGCCAAUGGUGUGAAAUCGGUGCUGUCCUCCACCCGGGACCUGCACAGCUUGCGUGAAGACUUUUUCGGGCGUGGCCCAAAGCCUCAGCACUUGAAGCGGAACACGUAUGGCAGGCACAGCGAGACUUUCCCGCUGCAAGCCGCCCACUCUCCCCACAGCAGCAACUUGGAGCCACUGCAGCGAGAUGACCCGAUCAGGGGCUACAGCUCAGCUGAUAACUCUGAUGACCGGCGUCACCGUGAUGGCAAGGACAUCCAUGUUUCUGUGUCUGAUGCUCCAUCCCUGCCAUUCAGUGACCAUUACCAUGAGCACGGGCAGGACAGCAAGCCCCCGGAAUACUCGGACUCCCAGACAGCAGACCGUGCAAAUGGCCAGCUGAUCUUCUGCCACUCCGUGGAUCAUAUGAAGGAGGGCAUGUACCAUGGCAUGGUGCCCACUCUGGUCAUCCCGGCCCAUUACGUACGCCUGUCCUCGGACCUGUCAGCCAUGGAGCAGGCUGUGGAGAGGCAACAGCAGCUGCAGCAUGACAUGGAGGCCAUCCAGGUGAGCAUGACCCUGCCUCGAGUGCAGGGCCAGCACCAGAAGAGCCAGCAGGAGCAGGCUGAGCCCCAGGAGGAAGACAAGGCAGCUCAGCAGGGUGAAGGAUCCCAGGAGCAGCAGUGGAGCUCAGAGGAUUCCUCCGGUCCGGUUCACAUCCCAGUCCUGUUCAAUGACUCGGCUGUGGCACAGAUGAACGGCGAGCUGAAGGCACUCACAGAGAAGAAGCUACUGGAGCUCGGUGUCAAGCCGCACCCACUCGCCUGGUUCGUGUCACUCGACGGACGCUCUAACGCCCUCGUGCGCCACUCCUACAUCGAACUGGGCAACGAGCCGCUGGGGCAAGCCAUGCAGGAGCACCGCGCUGAGACGUACCCUGGGAACUCUGGGAGGGCUUCACAGAGGAAGAUGAAGGAGGAGAGCAGAGCGAGGGAGAGUGGCGACAAGAAGGUUCACAGUAAGUUCCACUCCAAGCUGCCGGUCAUCGACUCCACUGAGCCUGCUAGCAGAGAGAGCCGAGCGGCAGCAUCUUUGCCGGAGGACGGCUCAGCACUGGCACUGACAGACAAAGCCCAGGAGUCGCAAGGAGGAACGUUUUCUCGGCAAGAGCGCAGCCAUGAUGACGGCAGUGCAUUUGUGGUGCACAGGGAGACAAUGACCAGCCCCGGCGAUGAUGAAGGUGAUGACAAAGAUGAGGAAGACGAGAAUAAGAAGAGCCCCUGGCAGCGACGGGAGGAGAGGCCACUCAUGGUAUUCAAGUAGUUCCCUCGAGUGGACAAUCAUGAGAACUCAAGAGGACUAUCAAGGCAAUCCUCUUAGAUGCUCACUCAUUUGGAGGCAUUUGAUGGAAUAAAAGAAUAGACAUGCAAGAAAUGCAGGCAAAAGCACAAAAUGACAGGGAAAGAGCCACUUACCGGAAGAAUGAGUAGUGAACAGCCUAGUGUUUGACCACUGGUACAAGCAAACUGGCUUUUGCAUGAGCUCUACCUGCCACUGGAUAACAAAUCCUCCUCGAUGCUCUGCCGAUGUUGUGUUUUCCUAAAGCAGAAUGAAAAAACACAUGGGAUGUAGACACCAAUUCACAAACCCAGAGAAGGCCAUAUUUUCUAAAGCCGAGUUUAUUUUUGAGACUUUUUAAAAUAUAUGAUUAACUUUUAAUGUGACCCCUUAAUGUGCGCCUUCCAGCAACCCCUCAUAAUCCCCCAUGGCAAUGAGUCUGAGCCAAGUUCACACUGUCUUUGGGAAGUACUCCACAGGCCUUAAAGAAUUCCUCAGCAAAGAAGACAAAAAGCCUAAGAAGCAAGAAAAACAAAGUUUAGCAAAGAAAAAAAAAACAUACAGACUGAAUUCAGGAUGUUUUAAAGUAUGUUUGCUUUUUCUGAACCUUUGUUUUGUUUUGUUUUUUAAAGGUUUGAUUUUAUAUGACUUAACUAAAGCUGAAACACAGAGAUGUGUGUGUGUGUGUGUGUCAAUCAUACCAUUCACAAAAGGCAGUGAAAUGGUUGCUGUAUUAAUGGUUGUUUACUCAAAAUAUGACUUAAAUUUUAAAAAUGUAAUUCUCACUUAACAACACUGAAUCUGGUUUCUGGUCAAAGCUGCCAUUUUUACCUGAUCAGUGAUCAGUUUUUUCAAUUAGUUAGCAACUGUAUUCUGUUGUCAUAUCUAACUACACAGUUCCUGUGUUAGCUUCUGUGGGAUGCCCUGGCAUAGGUGAGAUUUUGUUUAGAUUAGUGCACAAUUGUAUAUGUCUUACAUGUCGAAUUGGAAGAUCUAUGUAAUGACAGCAUAAGCCAUUAUGUAAAAAUUCAAAUAUCUGGAACAUUCUCAACUUUUGCCCGGAUAAAUUCUAUCCCCCAAAUCAGGGUGUGGAAGAAGCGUGUGUUUUGACAGUCUGGAUAUGGCUGAGUUGGGAGAGGGAGAAGCAUACUGUUGUAUCUGGUGUCCCUCAAGCCUUGGCUGGUUAGCCUUCACUCAGAUCUUUGCUGCAUAUAUUUAUCAGGAGGCACACUUCAGCAGUUCUUCAUUAUUAUAAAUUUUAAAUGAAAUUAAUCAUUUUACGUUCACUGACUCCAGCCCAGUUUGUCAAGUGAUGCAUAUUGUGCAUGGAUGAAUUUACAGUAGAGAAACUGUAUCAGGUACAUUUUUUUAAACACGACUGAGAAUUGCUGAGUGAAGCACUCUUACUAAACUGUGUGAACCACUUAUUGUUUAUAACACUGUAGUAAACAUAACACUUUUGCUCUGGUCUCAUGUUUUUGUUUUAUCUCCAUUCUGUUUUGCCAAUGUCUAGCCACAAUGUUAUUUGUCCCAGCUGAGUAUGCCUGUUAAUUGAAGAUUGUCUUAAGUAAUUGAAGUGCAUCUGCUUAAACCAUUUUGACAACUUUUUAAAAUAUUCUUUGGCAGAAUAUAAACAAAGAAAAUUACACAUUAGCCAUGGAGUGUCAAAAUCUUUUUAAAAGUAAAGCAAUUCAAAACAGUACUAUAUCAAGUGCAAACAACUUUCUUGGUUUUCCAUAAAACACUGUCCUGCUCAGGCUCUCUUUCUCUCUCUCCAUCUGUCCAUUUCAUCCUUUUUAUACAUUGCCUUUGAAGUGCCUUUUUGAGUCUUACUCUCCCACAUAGCCUUGCUGAAUUGAACUGCUGUCCUUAAAAGUUCCAAGAAUAGCGGGCCAUCUAAACUGAAAAUCUUAGAUAAGCUUUGUUUCUGUUUCUUCCAUGCUCAUUUUUCAUUAGGUUUGUCCUACCAUUAAAGAACUGCCUCAUAGUAAUGUACCACACAAUUCUAUUUUUUAUCAGCAAUCUUCUACAGUAGGUCAUAGUACAUGACAGCUUCUGAGCCAUCUUGUCCAUUCUUUCCCUUUUGCUUGCGCCCUUGCACUCUGAUUUCUCACUUGCCUUGACAUGCUUCCCAUGUCUGCUGCACCUUUAUCUGGAAAUACCCAGAGUAACUUGGUUCUAAGCUUUUGGAGGAUCCAUUCCUUACACAUUUGGGUAAACUUGAUAUGGUUUGAGGUGUUUCUGAUGCUUCCACAGAACUAUAACUUUUGGUUGACCUGGCUGUAUUUGCCGGUUGUUUGUGAUAAUCAGUCUCCAUAUAACUGACUCUAAUAACAGCUACUGCAUGUAUUUUAAUACAUAAGAUGCACUGUUUGACAGGUUAAAGGUUAAUGCCAUGCUGGGAUGUGAAAUCCUUUGUUCUACAAAAAAAUUAUGCUUCAAACUUGUAAACAUUUUCUUCUGUGUUCUUGUCGUUUCUGAUUAGUGUCUGUAUUACAGAUAUGUAACAGCAUUUGAAAUAACUAUUUGUCUUGUACAAUAAUAUAGAUUAUUUUAGUUUAUCCUUUUGACAGGCUGAUAAAGAUUAAAAGUUUACAUACAACAGUAAUCUAGUAUAAAUGGAAAAAGUCUGCUCAUGAAUUUGACAUUUUGAUCGUGCAUUCUCUUACUGUAAUUGUUUUGACCACUUUGUAUGUAUGAGACGUUGUUGAACUGAAAUAAUUAAAAGCCAAGUAAAAAAUUGCAUAUUUA